AUGUGCCCAGCUGAAGCCGAGGCAACUCAAGCUGGUGAUGCAAAGGUGAGUCCUGGGUCAGAUGAAGCAAAGCCAGUUAUACCCGUAUUGUCACCAGCGCCAUCCCGCCAGUCAGCCCCAAACAAUGAAGACGUUGUUAAAAGGACGGGCACAGCAGCGGCUGACGAUGUAGAGGCCGGUGAAAGCGCCGAGCAGGGAACAACCUGCGGCUCCAGUGGCAUUUCUUUCGAGGUGGCAGCCUCAUCUCUGGAGGAUGGACAGCCAACUUCGUCAGGGACAGCAGCACCGAAACCGCCAAUAGCAGCAGCACAAACGACGGCCUCAGAACAUGGAAGAAGUCUCCCAACAGACAACCUGGGAAGGCCUGCGAGCGUCUUCGUUGAUGUAUUGCAGCACGACUUGAAUGCGGCAGUUCAGCGCGUUGAGGCCGGCAGACUGUUACUAGAACGCCUGCGGGGGGCCCUGUUGCAGCAGGCAGCAGCAGCAUCGGCCUUUGCCGCGUCCCUAAACGUCGCCGCGGAAACUCUGAAGCCACUUUCCCCAGAAUCCAAGACAUGCGCCACUGCUGUGCAGAGCUAUAGUUGUCUUUUAGGCAACACCGCACUACAAGCCAAAGAGCUCUGCGACGCUUUACGCAGAGAUGUCGUGGCAUCCACGCUGGACAGGACAAUUGAGAACCACGCGCAAGUUCUGAAACAGGUCGCAACGCCUUGGCUAUCCUUCUGCAUGCACCAGUUCGUGUGUGAAGUUGGACGCGGCGGAGGCCCAAAGGCGAAACCAUUUAGCAGCAGUGGAACACCAACGGGCAAUGGAGAAGUACCUGCGCUCCAGCAAGAUGGCGGCCGCAGCAGCAGCGACAGCUCAGGCAUCGCUGUCUAUGUUGCCAUCGACGAAGACUGA